GACGAGACAGGAUGUGUGAGUCCUAUUAAGACCGAUGUGCAACAGUCAUUCACACGACUCCUAAAUCCUCUGCAGCACAUGCUGUAGGACAUAAGGAUACUGACGAUGAAGAUUACCUGUGCAGCCUUUGUGCUCCUCAUCCAAACAUUCUGUUGUUUGGCUUCAGAUGAUUCACCAUUUCAACUAACUAACAAGGCCACUGGUUUCUGUUUGGUAAAAAGAAACAACUACUGCUAUGACAUACGCUGGACAACCAGCGAUCGACUUCUGGUUCAGCAGCUGAAGAAGUGCCUUGGAGCUCAGGGGAAAAGUGUGGGAAGUGAAAUAACUCUGUACGACUGUGAUGAAACCAGUGAAUUCCAAAAGUGGGAAUGCAAGAAUGAAACGGUGCUCGCCCUCAAAGGCCAAGAGCUUUACAUUGAGCUCACUGCAGAUAACACAGCUGUUCUCUCCAAAACAACUGGACCCAAUAACCACCUCACAAUUUCAGGGACGUCCAGUGGUGCUUGUUCAAGAACAUACAGAGAGCUAUUUACCAUUGGUGGAAAUGCGUUUGGGAAGCCCUGCAUGUUUCCCUUUCUGUACAAAGACCAGUGGUACUCAAACUGCACGACAUUUGACUCCUCAGAGAAGCGUCUUUGGUGUGCGGUUGAGACAAAAUAUGAAAGUGAGCGCUGGGGGAACUGCCCAACUACUUCCAAAGAAGACUGGAAUAAAAACCCAAGCACAGGAGCAUAUUACCAGCUGAACACACAGUCAGCUCUGACUUGGCCUCAAGCAGAAAUCAGCUGCAAACAGCAGGGUUCCUCCCUGCUCAGCAUCAGUGAUCCACACGAGCAGGCUUACAUUACAGCACUACUGUGGAAAGGGGGCAACACGUUUUGGCUUGGACUGAUUCUGGAUCCAGAACAUGGUUGGAAAUGGAGUAAUGGGAGGCCUUACCGAUAUCUGAAAUGGGACUCUGGACAUCCACUUCCUGAUCCGGGACACAACUGUGCAGUUGCUGAUCCUGCUGUGCAGUACACCUGGCAAAGUUCACCGUGUAGCAAGAAACUGGGCUACAUCUGCUACAGUAAAGGAGCUGAGGAAACGCCUACACAAGCUGUUGCAACAGGAUUUUGUUCAGCACCCUGGAUCCCCUACAAUGGCCACUGCUUCCACCUUAAUAAUACUCAGAAGACUUGGUCUGAUGCUCAGAAACAAUGCCGUGAUGAAGGAGGGAACCUUGUAAGCAUCCGCAAUGUGGAGGACCAAAGCUUCGUCAUCUCUCAGCUUGGAUAUGCAUCCACUGAUGAGCUCUGGAUAGGACUGAAUGACAGGAAGAAAGAGGGUCUGUUUGACUGGAUUGAUCAUUCUGCUGUGAGCUUCACAAGCUGGGAAUAUGGGAAACCAGAUGUCUCUGCUGAUAUAAAAGAUUGUGUUCUCAUCAAAGGAAAGAAUGGGAACUGGGCUGACCGUGGGUGUGAGGAGAGGCAUGGCUUCAUUUGUAUGAAGACGACCUCUUCAACAAGCACUGGAGAGAAAGUGGAGAAAGAAGAAGGCUGCAAAAGUGGAUGGAGGAGACAUGGCUCAUACUGCUACUUUAUUGGAAGAGAGACCAAAUCUUUUCGUGAAGCUAAGGAUGACUGCAAGAAUUCCAAUUCUUACUUAGCUGAUAUUUCAUCUGGGGUGGAUAAUGCAUUCCUUGUGAGUUUGGUCGGGAAUAGACCAGAGAAAUACUUUUGGCUGGGGCUCUCAAAUCAGAAAAACAUCACUCAUUUUGUCUGGACCAACACCGACUCAGUGAGAUUUACUCACUGGAAUGCUGAAAUGCCAGGUCACCAACGGGGCUGUGUUGCCAUGAAGACCGGGAUCUUUGCUGGCCUCUGGGAUGUGCUGCCCUGCACCAAUCAGGAGAAAUAUAUUUGCAAGCAUCAGGCAGAGGGGGCAGUUUUAACUCCAGCCCCACCCACCCUUGUUCCUCCCAAAUGUGCAUAUGGCUGGAAUCGACUGGGAGCAGGAAAUAAGUGCUUUAAGAUGUUUACCCAGUCAAGGGAAAGGCAGAGAACCUGGUUUGAGGCUAGAGAUUACUGCAAGGCUAUCGGAGGAGACCUGCUCAGCAUCCACAGCAAUGAAGAGCUAAAUGAUUUACCACACAGUUAUACUACAGCAUGGAUUGGACUUAGUGCCCCUGACCCAGACACAGGCUAUGUAUGGAGCGAUGAAUCCCCAGUCAGUUUCCAACACUGGGCAGAGGGAGAACCAAACAAUAAAAUGAAUAUUGAAUCUUGUGUGGUACACAGACUUCAUGAAAUGAGGUGGACUGGAUCUUGGGAAGAUGUUCAUUGCGAGUUGAACCGUGAUUGGCUGUGCCAGAUCCGUGCAGGAGUGACUCCAAAUCCACCUCCAGCUCCUGUCACUCCAGAUUACAAUCGAACCUCAGAUGGGUGGAUUGAAUGGAAAGGGAAUCAGUAUUUUAUUAACCAUUAUUCAUCAGCUGUGGAAGACGCUCGUGCCGUCUGUAAACGGAAGCACGGCGACUUGGUAACUAUCAACAGUGAAGCUGAAAAUGUCUUUCUAUGGAAACAGAUUGCUAGAUUUCACUCAUAUGUAUGGAUAGGCAUGACCGUAGAUCUUGAUAAUACAUUUGCGUGGAUGGACGAUUCUCCAGUCAUGUUUCAGAGAUGGGAUGAAAAUCAGCCUAAAUUCCGGAACAAUGAUGAGAAUUGUGUCUUCAUGUCUCCCUCUCUGGGGUUCUGGGGUAACAGAAAUUGUGGGUUUGACUCCACGUUCAUUUGUAAACGCAGCCACUCACCACCUGCCAACGCCUCGCAAGUACCUCCAACAGUCACUCCAACAGGUGGCUGUCCACAGAACUGGGAAAAAUUCAAAUCAAAGUGUUACAGAGUCAUAAACAACCAGAAUGAGACAUGGCUUGACGCGAGGGAACAGUGCAAAAACAUGAAAGGAAAUUUGGCCUCAGUCGCCUCAAAAGAUGUGCAAGGGUUUCUGUCAGGUAAAUUGUUUGAAGCACCAACUACAAACCUGUGGAUUGGUUUCCAUGCUCAAAAUGAUGCAGGCAGGUUUUACUGGACGGAUGGGCGACCAAACCGAUACAAUAACUGGGGUUCUGAGAGCACUCGCCUUAAUCUACCACACAGAUACCGUUACUAUGAUGAGGAUUAUCCAUGGCAGAGAUAUAACAAGAAAGAAUGUGUUAUAAUAACUACUAAUACAGAUGUUGGCAUUGGGAAAUGGCUAAAAAGGUCCUGCAAUGACACCAAUGGAUACAUCUGUCUGCGAAAUCUUGACUCAUCUCUCCCGGACUCCACUGAAACAAGGAUUUCAACCGACUACGUCAAAAUAUUCAAUGACUCUAUCAAGAUUGUUACUCAACCAAUGAACUGGGAUGAAGCCAAGAAGUACUGCGAAAAUGAUGGCGCCAACCUGGCCAGUCUGCGAAACAAGUGGACGCAGUUGUAUGUCUCAGUUAUGGCUAUGAAGAUAAACUCUUCUCUGUGGAUUGGACUCAAUAGUAAGCAGACUGAUGGAUAUUUCAGAUAUAUUGACGGCUGGCAUAUGACCUUAACUGACUGGGAUUAUCGGGAACCGAGGAUGGCGAAACCUUGCGUGCAUGUGACAGAGGGUGGAAAAUGGAAGACUGCCUACUGUACGGAGAAAAUGAGCAGUGUUUGUAUGAAGUCCACAGACGUGCCACCAACAGAGUCGAGUGGUUUCCCAGGAUUUUGCCCUGAAGACCCAGAGACAGAAAGAUACUCAAGGGAGCGUACUAGUUGGCUGUCUUUUAAGGCCAAUUGUUACCUGUUUAUCACAGACAGAUCAGACUGGCCAGAUGCAUCUGCAAGCUGUGUAAGACAUGGUGGAAGUCUUGCCAGCAUUGAAAAUCCUGCAGAGCAAGCAUUCAUCAAAACCACUCUGCAACAAUUUAGAGAUAUGCAUCAUUCUUUCUGGAUCGGCCUUUAUAAAACUCACAGGGGCCAGUGGAAGUGGUUGGAUAAAACACCCACUGACUACACUAACUGGUUUGAUGAUGACUACCCAUUUGGCCAAUAUGGACAAGUUAGAACUUUUGAUGGUUCUUGGUCAGCCAGCAGAAUGUCACGCUGUGGAUAUAUCUGUAAAACACUCAAAGUAAAAAAGCAAGCAUCCCCAACAGCUGAAAGUCUUUCGAAGACUGAUCCUCAAACCCAAAGCCACACCGUUUUGGAAGUCUUCCUGGGUAUUACUGUGCUUGCCAUAGGAGCAGUCGUUAUCUUCCUUCUCUUCAAGAAGUAUGGCGUUCGCCUGUCCCUCCCUCAAAAGUUAACUACGUUUGACAACCCUCUGUUCUUCAACAACGAGCAGUCACGGGCUGGUGUUGUGGACACCAAUCAACUGGUAGCAAACGUAGAGGAUUAGAUCUCUGGGCCUGUUUUUAGUGUUUAAUGUAAACACAGGCAGAAUUUACUGAGAUUGCUUUGAAGAGAGAGAACUUUCAAUCCAGUUGUUAAUAAUCAGUGUCCAUGAAAAAAACAUUAAAGCUUUAGGAGAUUUUAUCUGACAUGCAAGUGAUCUUUGAUGUGUUGAUUUCUGAACCACUAAGGAUUUACAGAAUGAGAAGUACAAGCAAUCAUUUUAAUUCAUAGCUGAUUUUACUCUGAAUCACUGUAUCGCCUAUAGGUCAGUGCUGUGAAAUGUGUAUUUGCUACAUAUUGCUUUUUGUGUUAAUGAAAGAUUGGAAGUAUAAUUUUAAACACGACAAGCAAUGUAAUAUGAUGCUGAGAUAAGUUAACUAUUUACUAGUCUAGCAUAGCAUGUACCUGUCUAGAAAGUCUUCUAAAACAUAUCAAUCAGAUGGGAAUUUUGUGACAAAAUAUAAAUACUAGUGCUGUCAAACGAUUAAAAUGUUUAAAUCAGAUUAA